UUUCAGCUAUCUAAAAAGUAUGGCCCUGUGUACAGCAUCCAAAUGGGGACCCAAAAGGUUGUUAUGCUGUGUGGAUAUGAGACAUUGAAGGAAGCUCUAGUGAACAAUGCUGAUGAGUUUUCCGGGAGAGGAAAAGUCCCAAUUUUUGAUGAAUUAUCUAAUGGACAUGGUGUUGUUUUUGCUAAUGGAGAAAACUGGAAAGUUAUGAGAAGAUUUUCUCUUUCAACUUUGCGAGACUAUGGAAUGGGAAAGAAAUCUCUAGAAGAUAAAAUUAAUGAAGAAAGUGAUGCUUUAACUGAAAAGUUGGAAUCGUACAAAGGACAGCCAUUAGAGAACACUAUGAUCAUGAAUGCUGCUGUUUCCAACAUAAUUGUUUCCAUAUUACUUGAUGAUCGAUUUGAUUAUGAAGAUCCAGUAUUGCUCAGGCUAAUAACAAUAAUGAAUGAAAAUAUAAGGCUAAUGGGAAGUCCAAUGAUCAUGUUGUACAACACCUACCCAUCACUGAUUCGCUGGAUACCUGGAAUUCAUAAAACUAUUAAGAAAAAUAUGAAGGAGUUUUAUGAUUUUCUUAAAGAGACUUUUGCAAAGCAUAAGGAACAUCUGGAUGUUAAUGAUCAGAGGAACCUUAUUGAUGCAUUUCUUGUCAAACAGCAAGAGGAAAAGCCAAUUCCUGGACAAUAUUUUAACAAUGAAAAUCUAUUGCAUCUUGUUGGUGAUUUAUUUGGUGCUGGAAUGGAGACAACAUCCACAACUCUCCGAUGGGGGUUUCUGUUCAUGUUGAAAUACCCAGAGAUACAAAAAAAAGUCCAAAAUGAAAUUGAAAAAGUUAUUGGAUCAGCACAGCCUCAAAUGGAGCACCGUAAAAAAAUGCCAUAUACUGAUGCUGUUAUCCAUGAAAUUCAAAGAUUUGGUAACAUUGUACCAGCAAGUGUCCCACGUGAGGUUACCCAGGAUGUUACUUUAAAGGGUUAUUUUCUUCCAAAGGGUACCAGCGUUUUUCCUGUGUUGGCAUCAGCAUUACAAGACAAGGAUUACUUUGAAAAGCCAGAUGAGUUUUAUCCUGAACAUUUUCUUGACUCUGAGGGAAACUUUAUAAAAAAUGAUGCGUUCAUGCCAUUUUCAGCAGGUCGAAGAGUUUGUGCUGGGGAAAAUCUAGCCAAGAUGGAGCUUUUCCUGUUUUUCACAAGAUUGCUGCAAAAAUUCACAUUCCAACUUCCAUCAGGUGUUUCAGAUGUUGAUAUAUCCCCUGCAGUAGGACUCACAAGGGGGCCUAAGCCAUAUCUCAUGUGUGCCGUGUCUCGCAAUUAGAGCAUAUGAAGAAGUCAUAGAGCUUUUUACUAUUUGUUAACAUAACAAAUACACAUUAAAUGUAAUAAAUUACUUUUAGUUGUCUUUUUUAUUUUAGCCUUGCUUUUAGUUGCAAUAUUUCAAAUGUUUUUGUAUGUAAUAUUAUUAUUAUUAUUAUUAUUUUUUUUUGGGGGGGGGUGUAUGAAUUGUAUAUACCUUUGUAUAAUAUUUGUAAUAUGCUGUAUCUAGAUCUUAAAAUUCAAAUAAAAGAAAAAAAAAUAAAUAAAAAUAGAAUUAUGAUACAAACUAGCUUUGUAUUUUAUUUUUUUACUUGAAUUGCAAACAAUGCAUAAAUUUAAACAAGACAAUUCUACAAUCCUGACUGUUGGACCGUUUAUAAGUAUGAAUCAUUAUAGAAAAUAUAUCAAAUAAACAAAUACAUAUUUUUGA